ACUCGAACUUCACGGGGGUAUUUUUCUCGCGCCUGCGCUCUAAGGUCAGUCGGCUUCCGACCCCUCCCCUGUUACUACUCUGGGCCGGAGUUGGUGGCUGGUCAUUCUGUGACCUCCGGUAGCGAUGGUGCCCUUCUCUUGGCUUUGGACCACUCGGCCUCUGCAGCGAUGUGGUCAGCUGGUCUGGAUGGCUUCUCGGGCUCAGCACAGCAAGGUGGCCCAGACACAGGCUGGGGAAGCAGCUGGAGGCUGGACAGGCCAGGAGACUCUGGCAGACAGUGACCCUGAGGUGUGGGAGCUACUGCAGAGGGAGAAAGACAGGCAGUGCCGCGGCCUGGAACUCAUCGCCUCAGAGAACUUCUGCAGCCGAGCUGCGCUGGAGGCCCUGGGGUCCUGUCUGAACAACAAGUACUCGGAGGGUUACCCUGGCAAGAGAUACUAUGGAGGAGCAGAAGUUGUGGAUGAGAUCGAGCUGCUCUGCCAGCGCCGGGCCUUGGAAGCCUUUGACCUGGAUCCUGCACAGUGGGGAGUCAAUGUCCAGCCAUACUCGGGGUCUCCAGCCAAUCUGGCUGCCUAUACAGCUCUUCUUCAGCCCCAUGAUCGAAUCAUGGGGUUGGACCUGCCCGACGGGGGCCAUCUCACGCAUGGCUACAUGUCUGAUGUCAAACGGAUCUCUGCUACAUCCAUCUUCUUCGAAUCUAUGCCCUAUAAGCUCAACCCCCAAACCGGCCUCAUUGACUACGACCAAUUGGCAUUGACCGCUCGGCUUUUCCGACCACGGCUCAUCAUUGCUGGUACCAGUGCCUAUGCCCGCCUCAUUGACUAUGCCCGCAUGAGAGAGGUUUGCGAUGAGGUCAAGGCACACCUGCUGGCAGACAUGGCCCACAUCAGUGGCCUUGUGGCUGCCAAGGUCAUCCCUUCACCUUUCAAGUAUGCAGACGUUGUCACCACCACCACUCACAAGACUCUUCGAGGGGCCAGGUCAGGGCUCAUCUUUUACCGGAAGGGAGUGCGGACUGUAGACCCCAAGACUGGCCAAGAGAUCCCUUACACUUUUGAGGACCGAAUCAACUUUGCUGUGUUCCCAUCCUUACAGGGGGGCCCCCACAACCAUGCCAUUGCUGCAGUAGCUGUGGCCCUCAAACAGGCCCGCACCCCCAUGUUCCGGGAGUACUCCUUACAGGUGCUGAGGAACGCUCAGGCUAUGGCUGAUGCCCUGCUCAAGCGAGGCUACUCACUGGUGUCGGGUGGCACUGACACCCACCUGGUGCUGGUGGACCUGCGACCCAAGGGCCUGGACGGAGCCCGAGCGGAGCGGGUGUUGGAGCUUGUGUCCAUCACUGCCAACAAGAACACGUGCCCUGGAGACCGCAGUGCCAUCACUCCCGGGGGCCUGCGGCUCGGCGCCCCAGCAUUGACUUCUCGGCAGUUCCGCGAGGAUGACUUCCGUAGGGUCGUUGAUUUCAUCGAUGAAGGAGUCAACAUUGGCUUGGAGGUGAAGCGCAAGACUGCCAAGCUCCAGGAUUUCAAGUCCUUCCUGCUCAAAGACCCGGAGACAAGGCAGCGUUUGGCCAGCCUCAGGCAACAGGUGGAGCAGUUUGCCAGGGCCUUCCCGAUGCCUGGAUUUGAUGAACGCUGAGGACCACGCAGACUGGAAGUUACCUUUCUUUCUCCUACCCGGACCACAAAAGAGACACCCACCACUGAUCUUUCUGGGUUUCGGUAGAGGGAGGAAGGCCUUCUGUUUAGGGCAAGAGCCAGGCAUAAGCCCCCUCCUGGAAUUUGUAGGUGAGAUUUCUGUUCUGUAGCCAUUUCUAGAAGAAGCCCCCAACACACACCCAGCUUGUCUUUGAGACAGGGUCUCACGAAGCUGAGGCUGGCCUUGAACUGACCUUCCUACCUCCACUUCCCAAGUGCUGGGGUUGCAGGUAUACACCAUCACACGCAACACCCCCUCAGCUGUCUGCCCCGGCCCUCUGCCAUAUCUCAGUGUUAGACUCUUGCUCUUUCUUGGGUAGGGGGACUUGAGUGCUGAGCCCGAGGAAGGGGUGGGCAGACACCCUCCUUCCUGUUUUUAUCUAAUAAAAAGCUAACCUGC